GGAGGGGAUUCACCCGAUGGGGGUCUGCGGCGCUAUUGUGGAUAUAUAGAGGCAGAGGCGAGCCAUGGAGGACGACAUGAUGGAAGCGUGGCUGGACGACCACCUCGACUUCACGCACUCUUACUUUGUCAGGAAAGCGUCCAGGGACAUGGUGAAUGCAUGGUUUGCCGAACGCGUCCACACCAUCAAGUCCUCCGCCGAACCCACCACCCUUUGCAUCUCGGACAAUCGCUCCCCUGCAGCCAUUGCGGUCCCUAAUCAGCCGCCGGCCGCCCCAACUCGCAAAAUCUCCGCCUCGGAAUUCGACCGCCCGCUCCGGCCCAUCGUGGUGACAGACCCGGAGGGUGCGGUAAGCUUCCUGAGCGACGCCGAACGCGACGCACCCCCGCGGGGUUCCGGGAUGCCCGACGUGGAUGGCGGGAAGGCAUCGAGCGGAAACGGCGGUAACCGGGGCGAUCGUUGCGCUCGACUGCUGGAGCUGGUGAAGGACGUUUCCAGUCAUCUGGAUGUGACAGCACUCUGCCACAAGAUUUUCCUCCACAUCAACGAGCUCAUUGACGCUGACCGAUAUUCACUAUUUCUGGUGGGCGAGGACAGCUCCAACACCAAGUUUCUGGUCAGCCGCUUGUUUGACGUGGCCGAGGGCUCCACGCUGGAGGAAUCGUCCAGCAGCAGCAUCCGUCUUCAGUGGAACAAGGGCAUCGUGGGACACGUGGCCGCCACGGGACAACCGCUCAACAUCAACAACGUUUACGAGGAUCCUCGAUUCAACGCGGAGGUGGAUAUGAUCACAGGGUACAAAACGCACAGUAUUCUGUGCCUGCCCAUCAAGAACCACCGAGAUGAGGUUGUUGGAGUGGCGCAAGCUAUCAAUAAGAAAAAUAGCGACAACGGAGCCUUCACUCAACAGGAUGAAAAGGACUUUGCGGCUUACUUGGCCUUUUCAGGCAUCGUUCUGCACAAUGCCCAGCUCUAUGAAACGUCACAGCUAGAAACCCGACGUAAUCAGGUGCUGUUGGAACUUGCCAGUCUCAUCUUUGAGGAGCAGCAAAGUCUGGAGGUUUUACUGAGCAAGUUCGUCGGAACCAUCUUGUCCUUCAUGCAGGCCCAGGCUUGCACAGUCUUCAUUGCAGAGAGUGAUUCCACUGAGAACCCCUUCGCCAGUGUCUUUCAUAUGGAAAACGAGGGGCAAGGUGAAGUCCUUCAUUCAUAUAAAAGGGAAUCUCCGUGUGUCAACCAGAUCAACUACAUGUAUGCUCAAUAUGUUAAAAACACCAUGCAGCCUCUCAACAUCACAGAUGUCACCAAAGAUCAACGUUUCCCCUUGAUGUGCGAUAAGCAAAAUCUCACCAAAGAGACAAAGAGCCUACUCUGCACCCCUAUCAAGAACGGCAAGAAGGACAAAGUCAUAGGUUGCUGCCAGUUGGUCAACAAGAUGGACGACCUCGGCGUCACAAAGACCUUCAACAGGAACGACGAGCAGUUCUUGGAGGCCUUUGCCAUUUUUUGCGGCCUCGCCAUUCAGAACACGCAAAUGUACGAGACGGUGGCGAGAGCCAUGGCCAAGCAGCAGGUGACCCUGGAGGUCCUUUCAUAUCACGCUUCCGCGUCUGCCGAAGAAUCCCAGGGGCUCCAGGCGGCCACCAUCCCGUCGGCUCAGUCGCUUCGACUCCUGGACUUCGGCUUCAGCGACUUCGACUUGUCGGACACCGAAACCACGUUGGGUACCGUGCGCAUGUUUGUGGACUUGGACCUGGUGCACAACUUUCAGAUGAAGUACACGAGUUUAUGCCAGUGGAUUCUGAGCGUCAAGAAGAACUACAGGAGGAACGUGGCCUAUCACAACUGGAGACAUGCUUUCAAUACUGCCCAGAGCAUGUUUGCGCUGCUAAAAUCAGGGCGGUUACAGAAUCAUUUAAGGGAUUUAGAGGUUUUGGCUCUGAUGAUCGCUACUCUCUGCCAUGACCUGGAUCACAGAGGAGUCAACAACUUCUACAUACAGAGGAGCGCGCACCCGCUAGCGCAGCUUUACUGCCACUCCACAAUGGAGCACCACCAUUUUGACCAGUGCCUCAUGAUCCUCAACAGUCCGGGCAACCAGAUCCUGAGUGGCCUCUCCUUGGAUGAGUACAAAUGCACUCUACAGAUGAUUGAGAGGGCUAUUUUAUCCACCGACCUGGCCCUGCACAUGAAAAGGCGCGAAGAGUUCUUUGAGCUCACUCACAAUAGACAGUUCAUUUGGGAGAUGGAUCAACAUCGAGACUUACUUAGGUCAAUGCUGAUGACUGCUUGUGAUAUAUCGGCAAUUACCAAGCCCUGGCCGGUGCAAAAGAAGAUUGCAGAGCUGGUGGCGACAGAGUUCUUCGAGCAAGGCGACAAAGAGAGACGAGAACUGAACAUUGAGCCCAGCGACCUGAUGAAUCGGGAGAAGCGAGAUAAGAUUCCCAGCAUGCAGGUGUCCUUCAUUGAUGCCAUCUGCACACGAUUAUACGAGACUUUGGUAGGAAUGUCUGACUGUUGUUCCCCUUUGCUGGAGGGAUGCCGGACCAACCGUCAGCAUUGGAAGUGCUUGGCUGAAAACUCAGAGAAAGGCUUGCUCAACAGUCUGGUGUGAUUGCUUACUGACUAAUCCGAGUAGAUUUGUGUACAUCGCCGUCUAGUGGUUGGCCACCAUUACUGGGGUGUUUGCACGCCUAUAGCAGCCCAGCGUCAGUCAAUGUAAACAGUAACAUUAGCUGUCGUUGGCUGUGUGCGGUGGGCGGCAAACCUCAGCAAUGGCAAACGAGGUACUUCGGGUUGUUUUGCUCGGAUUGUCGCAAAGCGUUAUUUUGAUAGUCGAUUAAUCGGUACUUAUUUUUGCCAUGAGUCGAAAUGUGCAUUGAGAGCAUAACGCAGCACAAAGUAGGACAACAAAUAUUCCACAGAAAAAGCAACAGAUUUCUGUUUAACUUUUUUUUUGUAAAACAAAAAAUGAAAAUGGCAACAUUUAGAAAUAAACUGAUAGUUUUUAUGCUUUUAAACUAUUUUGAAAAAAUAAAUAAAAAUUGUGACUUUCUAUUUUAAAUUACUGAAAAACAGCAUUUUAAAAUUAAAACAAUAUUGACUGUUUUAUUAAAUUUGAUAAAGAGACUUCCUUUUUUUUUUUACUGUUUUUAUUUGCCAUUUAAAAAAAAGAUGAAUAUAAACUUUUUUGUUCCUUUUUUAGGAGCUGCAACUGCAGCCCUAGCUCAAACAAAAACUUAGCUUAUGUUGGUCUUAACAGGGAGCAGCUCGAUUCAGCCAUGUGAAACGAGUUAUGUCAUAUUAACUGCCACCACUAGAGAGCAGUGUAGCCUCCCAAAUCAAUACAACUAAAUGCAAACACUUUCAAUAGAAACCACUACAACGCCACUUUAAUUAAACGAAUACUCAAAGCAGGAAAAUUUAAUUUGAAUCUUUUUUCUAAUCGAAUUACUCGAGUUGCAGCUAUCGAUUAUUUUAGUAGUUGACUGAUCGAUGAACUAAUUCGUUUGAAUAAUUGAGUAAUCAGAAAAGGAACAUAAAAAUUAAAAUACCUGAGCCUCAAACAGUAUUAAAAAAAAAUGAUCCAAGUACAACAAAACAAUUGGCUAACUUACAUAACAAAACCCCACUAGCUUAUAUGCUAUAAAAUGCUCUUUCCCCACAAAAAACGGCUAAAUAUACCUAUAAAAUGAUCAAUGCACAGAAAAAAAAAAACAUUAGCUCAAACUAGUGCUGCAACGAUUAAUCGGUUUACUAAGUAAUUCGGUUAGAAAAAAAAAGUCAAAUUUUGCUGCUUCGAGUAUUCGUUUAAAGUGGCGUUGUAAAUGUUUGUUUUGAAAGUGUUUGCAUUUAGUCGAUUUGGGUGGAUACACUGCCCUCUAGUGGCGA